UGUUAAAAGUCAGCUAAGGCUAAUAGAUUAUGCUAAACUAACUCACCACUCACAGUCUCACUGCGACUGGUUGUUGUUUUCUUAUUAAUGCAAUAACCCCGGGUGUUUGUCAGUCAGUCCCCACAGCUGCACUUAAUUAAACGUCUCCUUGGUGAACUUUGACAUUCACAUGAUAUCCUAUGCGAGGGCUAAUGCUAGCUGAGGUUAGCUCCAGUCUGUUCUUUGGACAAAAUGUGCGACACUCAAAGCAUCAGCAGCCUCCCUGUACGCUCACAUGUAAGUCACUCAGUUUAACAAACACACCCUAUCAGGAUGGUGUCAUACAAGCGGCUGAACCCUGAAGAUGUUCAGUUUUCCAAUGCAGCUUUGUCAGAAGAGCCUCGGCCUGUUCAUGAAGAAGUUCCGGUGCCGGAGCCAGAGGAAGCCUCUUUGCUUCCACGGAGGCCAUCAUGCUCUGUCACCUCAGGCCUCCUGGUGAUUGGCUGCCUGCUGCUGCUCCUCUGUGGAGGCUGGCUACUGGGGACUAUAUUCUGGCUGCACAGGCCGUCCAACCAGCAGCCACAUAAACCUCUGCCACCGGCCUCGGCACAAACACCAGUAGUAAACGACACUGCAGCUGCUUUCCGCCAGCAGACUUGCAGUUUAAUCCCUGAGGCGUGGAGGUUUGAUUGCUACCCUGAAAGAGGGGUGGUUGUGACCCGAGAGUUGUGUGAGGCAAGGAACUGUUGCUUUAUCCCCGCAUCUGCUCCCUUCUCAUCAGCCACCCGCCCAUCAGGGAGAAACGGCAUCCCAUGGUGUUUCUAUCCUCCGGAUUUCCCUUCCUACUCCCUUGUGUCGAUAAACGACACGUCCCUGGGACAGAAAGGUACGCUCGUGAGGGACGUGAAGACCUACUAUCCAGCAGAUAUCCUCACUCUAGAGGUGGAGAUACGCCACGAGACCGACACGCGCCUACGUGUCAGGAUUACCGACCCUUCUAAUUCAAGGUUUGAGGUUCCGAUCUCUGUUCCCACUGCCACCAAGAAGGCAGAAAGUCCAGACUACAUCGUAGAGCUUUCAAAGGAGCCAUUUGGUCUCAUUGUGAAGAGGAGCUCUACAGGAGCAGUGCUUCUGAACACCACAGUGGCUCCGCUCUUCUAUGCGGAUCAGUUUCUCCAGUUGUCCACAUCUCUGCAGAGCCAGUUCAUUUACGGCCUGGGCGAGCACCGCUCGACCUUCCUGCAUGAUGUCCACUGGAACACACUCACCAUGUGGGCCAGAGAUGUGCCUCCUAUGGAACAGACAAACCUAUAUGGAGCCCAUCCAUUUUACCUGGCAAUGGAGGACGGAGGGAACGCACACGGCUUCUUCCUGCUGAACAGCAAUGCAAUGGAUGUGAUCCUCCAGCCCGCCCCAGCACUCACCUGGCGUACUAUCGGUGGAAUCCUGGACUUUUACGUUUUCCUUGGUCCUGAUCCCAGUUCAGUGAUCGAACAGUAUGUGGAAGUCAUAGGUUACCCAGCGAUGCCUGUCUACUGGGCUUUAGGCUACCAUCUCUGUCGCUGGGGCUACAACACUAGCGAUUCUACCUGGGAGAUUGUCAAGAGCAUGAGGAAUUAUAAGAUACCCCAGGACGUCCAGUGGAAUGAUAUCGACUACAUGGACAGAUUUUUGGACUUCACUUUUGACUCAACAAAAUUUGCCACGCUGCCUGAUCUGGUCAAAGACCUGCAUGCUCAUGACCAGCGCUACGUCAUGAUCCUGGACCCAGGUAUCAGCAGCACCCAGCCUGAGGGCUCAUACUGGCCGUACGAUGAAGGGCUGAGGAGAGACGUUUUUAUUAAAGACGCUGAAGGAAAAACACUCAUCGGGAAGGUGUGGCCUGGUCUGACAGCAUAUCCUGAUUUCUCUGACAAUGCGACACAUGAGUGGUGGUACGAAAACCUUCGGAGGUUCCAUGAGAAGGUGCCAUUUGACGGAUUAUGGAUUGACAUGAAUGAGCCGUCAAAUUUCUUGGAUGGGUCUACCAAUGGCUGCCCAUCAAACAGUCUUGAAAAUCCUCCUUACACACCAGGUGUACUAGGAGGUCUGCUGAGAGCCAAAACUGUGUGUGCCACUGCACAGCAAAAGCAGUCUAUACACUAUAAUAUGCACAGCCUCUAUGGACUAAUGGAAGCUAAGGCAUCUGCAAGCGCUCUGAAGCGGAUCAUGGCAAAGAGACCUUUUGUCAUCUCUCGCUCCACCUUCCCCAGUCAGGGGAUGUACUCUGGUCACUGGCUGGGAGACAACAGGAGCCAAUGGAAGGACCUGUACACAUCUAUAGCAGGUAUGUUGACCUUUAACCUUCUGGGCAUCCCAUUGGUGGGAGCAGAUAUCUGUGGCUUCAGUGAGGAGCCACAGGAGGAGCUCUGUGUCCGCUGGACGCAGCUGGGAGCUUUCUAUCCCUUCACACGCAACCACAACGCCAUCGACAUGAAGCCUCAAGACCCAACAGCUUUCAGCCCUCUGGCUCGUACAGCCAUGAAGCAAGCUCUGCUGCUGCGUUAUUCUCUCUUCCCUGUCCUCUACACUCUCUUCCAUCAUGCACACUUACAUGGACACACUGUUGCACGACCGUUAAUGUUUGAGUUCCCAAAAGAUGUGAGAACUUAUGGGAUUGACAAACAGUUCCUCUGGGGGAAGAGUUUAUUGGUGACACCGGUACUGGAUCCUGAAGUCGACUAUGUGGACGGUUACUUCCCAGAGGGCCUGUGGUAUGACUACUACACGGGCAUCUCUGUGCACAGUAAGGGCGAAGAACUUCCACUCCAUGCACCUCUAGAUAAGAUCAACCUGCAUUUGCGUGAGGGCUCUGUUACACCAACACAGGUGCCCAACUUGACCCUGUCGGUAAGCAGCGGUCAGCCUCUCCAUCUGGUCUCGGCUCUCUCUGAUGAUGGUUCAGCCAGUGGAGAUCUGUACUGGGACGACGGAGAGAGCAUCGACAGCUACGAGACCAAUCAGUACUCCUACAUCAUCUUCAAUGUGGCUCAGAACGUGAUGACAUCAGAGGUUCUCCAUAGCAACGUGGAGGCCACAUACAUCACCGUGGAGACUGCCUCCUUCUACGGUGUGAAGCAGAAGCCAAGCAGAGUGCUGGUGAACUCCCAAGAUGCAGGGUUCACCUACAAUAUCAACCAGGUUUUAACAGUUGCAGAUCUUGGUCUCAACCUCAGUCAGAACUUCACCAUCAGCUGGAUGUAAUGAAUCAGAUGGUUUUUAGCGUUUGGUUUUAUUUGCUGUUGGAUAUUAGAGCCACUAGCUGGCACACAGUUGCAGGACAGUGAUGCUCCUUUGUGUUUAGGCUCUGUUCUCCAGCACACUGGAUGUAAAAGGGAACAAUAACUGAGGUUAAAGUGUGAAUUUUCCACUUUAAAGUAGUUCACAUUCGUAUUGGUUGAACAGUUUAGCACUCUUAGACCUUUUUAUCCCAGAGGACUGUGAUUCCAAACUGUUUCCCUGAUGUGGUUGCAAAAUCCCUCAAAUUAAAGCGUCAGCACUUUAACCUCAUGGUCAUUGUUUCGUUUCAUAUCUAAUGUGCUGAGACGAAACAAAUAUACGCUAAACAGAAAAGACAAAGCAUAGGUACUCUGGAGUGAGUGAGGUCAAGUUUGUGUUAAUCAUAUUUAUAGUGCGACGUUAAAAAGAAAGGGGGACUAAAGCUUUUUUUGGUGUACAGAAACACAUGAAAGCAUCUGAAACAACAAUACGCAAUCACUGACCUACAGUUGUCUGGACAAUGCUUUAAAUAUCUGUGUGGAAUAUUUAAUGUUCUAAUAACUUUAACUGACUUUAACAAAAAGCUUGGCUUGGCCUCGGUACCUUUUCUUUUUUUUAAGUUUUAUUUUUAGGUCAUAAAUCAAAUCUGUGUUUUUUUAAUUCUCAUCAGCAGAAAGAUGACGUGCAAUAAGUGAAAGAGAUGUAAAAUAUUGUGCUUGAAUGCUUUUACAGCCUAUUUUUGCACUAAUUAGUGUACUGCAGUAUUGUAAAGGUAGAUACAGGUGCCUUAUGAUUCCUGUUUCUGUGUUUUUGAGCGUCUCUGGGUUUGUUCCAGAUAAUUAAUUGUCCAGCGUUAUACUGUAAGCACUGAAGAUCAUAGUACUGCUAUGCACGAGGAUUACUGCAUUAACUGCAUAACUACAGUAUACUAAAUCAGCCAUAAGUGUUCUGCAAACAUUCUGCUGUGAAUCUUCUCAGACUUCUGAUGGCAGAAUCCUGCUUAAAUUUGACCUUAAUGCUGUGAAAAUCUGAUUUGAAUUUAUAGUCUUUCUCACAGAACACUAACUGUGAAAAGCUUUCACCUUUUUUAAAAGCAACUUUAGAAUACUAGAAUAAUUUGUUUAAGAAACCUUCAAUGCUUGUGUGAUGUAAAGAAAAACUACACCAAAAUAUUUUUAAGCAUGUAAAGACAUCAAUACAGAGUAUAUUUUACUGUCAUUUGUGUUAAAGUAACUGAAAUUGUGACUAAAUAUUUGCAGCAUUUUAUGAUGAAUUCUUGUGGUCGAUUUUCUUUUUGUGUGUAAUUGCUUAAAUUUAAUUAUAUGAACAAUAUGAAAACUA